AUGGAGUGUUCCAAUUCAACUACAGACAAGGGUUCCUUUUGGUUCUGUGGACAGAAGCCAAGCUGUGGAUUUCUAUGUUCUGAAGAGGAUGGUUAUCUGUUCCAAACAGCUUUGGCAGCUUGGAGAGCCACAGGUUUGAGGCAGCCAAUAUGUGAGAGUCACCGAAAGCCCGCGAAGUUUUGUGUAGUUAAAGACAUGCUGAAAAAGUCUUAUGGUCGGCCAUAUUUUACGUGUGCAAGUCGUGAGAAUCCUUGCUUCUUAUGGAUGUGGGCAGACGAGAAAGAAGUCGAGAAACACAACUGCUAUCACAACGAACUGUGUGCCAUAAAGCGAGUCAAGAAACUGGUGCUAUUGCUGCAACGAAAACCG